AUGACCUCGAACGUUACAGUGUUGAGUUACAACGAAAGUCUGUUGCGUAAAUCAGAUGUGGAUUUGCUCAAAGGGCCCCACUGGCUGAACGACACGAUUAUAUCGUUUUAUUUGGAAUAUUUGGACACAGACUUUUUCGAAAACAAUAACUCCCUGUUAUUUGUUUCUCCAGAAGUGACGCAAUGCAUUAAAAUAUCCCCCCAGAGAGAACUCGAUAUUUUUCUGAAUCCCUUGUUGGAAAAGGAGCCCAAGUUUAUAUUUUUUGCUUUAAACGACAACGAACAGACAGAGUAUUGUGGAGGAACUCAUUGGAGCUUAUUGGCUUACUCUAGGCCAGAAAAAAGGGUAUUUCAUUAUGAUUCUUCUCGUGGGAUUAAUGAUGGCCCAGCCUUGGAUUUAGCAGAGAAAAUUUUAAAAUAUUUCCGAUUGCCUUUUGAAGGAAGAUUCGAAGAAGUAUCAACUCUACAGCAAAAUAACGGCUACGACUGUGGGAUACAUGUGUUGUGUAAUACAGAACAAUUAGCUAGCUAUGCAAACCAUUAUGGGAAACUUAAAGGUUGUCCAAAAAUAACACCAGACCAAGUACAAAAGAAACGAUGGGAGAUUUUAGAUAUAAUCAACAAAUUAAAGAUGAAACAGAGUUGA